GUAUAACGGAUAACUUAGGGCUGUGAGAAAAUAUUUUGACUUCAGUGUUCGAUAUAUUAUAUAUAGAAGAAGAAAUGAAAGUAUAGUGAGCGUGAAAUGUGAUGAUAGAGAAUGAUCGAAACGUUAUACAUUGUGGAGAAACGUUGAAAUAUAUGUACAUAAAUAUCAAAACUAUAGGCUGUUAAGUUUGCUGCAUUAAAUUUUCGUAAUGAAUGGAAAUAUGGAAAUAGAGGCGCAAGAAAGAUCUAGUAUACCACCGGUUUUUCGAGGACCUAUUGUUAUCACGGUACAACCGCAAGAUUAUCUUGGAAUAAGAAAUAUUUACUAUGGCGUUACAAUCAGGUGAAAAUAACUCGGGCAGAAGACCAAUACCAAUAUCUACUACGGACUGGGUCUCAACACCCAGAUCUCAAUUGAAUGUACUCUCGGGAAUGCAUUUCUUAGCCGGAGUUGAACAAUUGGAAAUUCAAAAGAUAAUCAACUUUAAUGGAUUAUUUGGAUUAUCUGGAAAUAGAAAACAAUAUAGAGUGAAAGUACCAAAAGCUGAAACGAUCUUUUUAGCUACGGAAUCUCGUGAGGACAACGAAGAAAGGUACAUACGUAGAGUCGCAAAUUUUACGUUAAUUUUCUUAGACCAAGCUGGAGAAACGGCGUUUGUUAUUAAGAAAAAUCCUGUAUGGAAAUAUAUGCCUGGACCAGUACACAAACUUACGGUAUCGAGUACGGGUUUAAUUGGGAGUGUGGAACAAAAUUUCUCUAUAUUGGGCCCGAGUUUUACCGUUUACGAUGCUUCACGGAAACCUUUGUGCAAUAUAUAUGGACCGAAUGCAUGUAGUUGUUGUAUGUACAAGGAAUCACAAUUUCAGAUUAUUUCGAUCGAUGGUUCACAUCAAAUGGCGUCUUUAAUGCAUCAGUGGAAUAAUACAAUCCAUGAUUAUACUUUAUUACUUACUUUUCCAUUAGAUCUCGACAUAAGAUUAAAGAGUCUAUUGCUCGGUGCAUCUUUUCUAAUGGAACACUUAUACUUCGAAAAUGUUAAGAGAACGUGAAAAAAACAAACAAAAAUUCGAAUCGAUAAGACAUUUAUUUAUACACAAUUAUUUGAAAUAAAAUGCAAUAAAGUGCGAUUAAAUUGUAUGACUCGAUUCAAAAAUGGCAGCUAUAUUUCCAUUUCGUUUGAACUGCUUUUGAAGCAUAUAUUCGAUUUUCUGAUAUCUCUCAUCAUUAUAUUUACGAUACAGAGACCUACAAAAUUUUUAUCGGAAGAUGAGAAUGAGAAACUAUAUAUUUAAGGCGGAUUCAUUAAAAUUCGAAUGAAUUUUCUAGAUCGAAGCGCCAUCUAGCAUAUUUUUUAAGAAGCUUUAGUAGUCUGAAGUAUUAAAUAAGUUAUAUACCACACACAUGGUUAAUCAUGUCUGAUUGUAUAAAACAGAUUUACUUAAUUUAAAUUCUCCAAAAAUGUUUUUGAAGAAAUAAAAUAUAUUCAUAGAAACGCGAAUAUAAACAAAUUUUUCGUAUUCGAAUAUAUAGUUAGAAUAAAAUAUUUGUGAAAUAUAACUAUCACAUUAUUUAGAUUCACAUAUAUAAUUAAUUCAUGACUUUGUUGACAAUUGACGAUCUCAUCGAAAUGCAAUGGUGUAGCCUAGUAGUUUUAGGAUGUAAAUCUUUUUAUUCAUUUGUUUAUAAAAUUAUAGAUUUCUAUUAGAUGUGAAAAUAUAUAAACUAUACAAUCCGUAUGCAUAUUAAAAUAUAUUAUGUAAGGUUUAUUAGAUUUUGGUUAUCACAAUGAAAGAUGGGUAUUACAUCAUAAAGUGAUGAAAAGGGUAUGAUAAUUAAAAGCAAUCAGUAAGAAACAGUAAUAGUAAGUAUAUAUAUAAAGAAAAAGUACGAUUGUAUCGUUCACCAAUGGCACAUAGAAUUUGAUUGUUUUAUCGGUAGAUACAGUAUUAAUCUUGACUAGUAGAUGUUCAAUUGUUCAAUUGUUGAACAAACAAAGGAAAAGUAAACAUCAGAAAAUUGCAAGGGAGAGUAAAUGUACCGAUGGGUCAAAGACUAAAGUGUGUGAAUAUUACAUUCGGUUGACUCUAAUUUAGCAAAAUUACUGAUAUGAUUAAAACGUGUAUCCUGUGAACUUACAAUUACUGUUAGCGAAAGAAAAAGGACUAUAAUAAGCUAGCAAUUAAUUUAAUCUUAGCAAUAUGCAAUAAUAAAAAUGUUCUACAGAUUAUGCAUAAAUAAAUAAAUUAGAUUAAAUAUGGACUGAUAAUAAAGAUAGAAAAAAAAGAAACAAAAGAAUUUUUUUAGUCUUUCACAAUCUGCUCUUACAAUUUAUUUUAUAACGUGUUAGUCAUUAUUCGAUCUGAUGAAAUAAGUUUACCAUACUUUAUUUUACUUUAUUUUAUUAUUAUAUAUAUUAAAGAGUCGAUGGCCAACUUUUAUAUAACCAUGAAAUUGAAAGAGAUUUUCAGAAACAUUGUUUGGUUUAUAUGAAGCCCUUGGAUCAUAAUAAAAAAUUAUAAGCUGUAUAAUAUUAUUCUAAAGUCACUUAUGAAACUAGAUAUAAAUUCAGAAAAGUGAAAAAGAAACAGGUGACAAAGUAAGAGAGUUUAUUUUUGUUAAGAAUAAGAAGAGACAUACUUACAGACAAUACUUAUUGUUACAUAUAAACAGGAUAAUACACAUGAGUGAUCAUGGGAAUUUUAGUGGAUAAGAAUCCUAUAUUAUCCUGGCAUACGAAAAACAGCUUGUUUAAUGGUUUAAGAAACUUUUGCUCCAUUAAUUAAACUAGCAUGGAAAUAUCUGAUAUGUAAAAUAUAUAUUAUUAAAUAAUAUAUUAGUUAUGUUAAGUUGAGAUUAUCUGUAUUGCAUUUUUCAGUACUAUACUGAUCGUUUAACUGUACAUCUAAUGGUUAUAGACAUUGUAUGAUGUAAUAUUUAAUGAUUUAAUUAUAGACGAAUAUCAAUACAUCAUUAAUGUUUUGAUCAAUCUUAAACAUUAAAAAAUUAAUCAAUAUAAUAAAUAUUCAUGUAUUUCAAUAUCAAUUUAAAAUUUAGAAGUAAUUCAACAUUUUGAAAGCCAAUUUAUCUUCUUUAAAAGUUUAAAAAUAAUUAAUGAAAGCUUUUUUGGUAGAAAUGUAGAUCUUGGAAAAGUUUUUUCAUUGAUCAACGCUUAUUGGUUUUCUCAAAAAUCAACUUUAAUGGUAAAUACAUUAUCAGAUGUCACGAAAUUAAAAACAGAAAAUUAAGAUACGAUUUAGUUGUGAAGAGUUUUAAAAUAUCGUAAAGGAAAAUAAUGAAAUUCUAAAAAAGAUUUAUUCAAAAAAAAAAAAAAAAAAAAAAAAAAAAAAUAGAAAAUAAAAAUAACAAUUUGUUAAUUUAAAAUAAGGAAUAAAUUUCUGAAUUAAAUUAAAUCCAUAGUUAAAGAAUUAAAUAAUUUUAUUGUAUUUUGACAGAAAACAUUUAGUCAAUUUGCUUACAGAUGAAUAUUUCUUAUAGAUAU